AUGGAUCAUGCAGUGGUUGUUCUACUGAGAGGUAGGAGAUGCGAAACCGAACUAGAUAUUCCAUUCCAAAAAGGAAACAGACCUCAAGCCGUCGUCCGCAAGCCGAUCCUCGUGGCCUCUUCCGCUAAAGCAGCUUCCGAGAUCAUGAAAACCCAUGAUUUAAUUUUCUCGAAUAGGCCACAAUCCAUAGGCCAGAAGCUUUUCUACAACUCGAAGGACGUCGCCUUUUCGCCCUAUGGAGACUAUUGGAGGCAAAUGAGGAGCAUAUGUGUUCUUCAGCUUCUAAGUAAUCAAAGGGUUCAUUCAUUUCGUUGUGUCCGGGAAGAAGAAAUGUCUUUGAUGAUUGAAAAAAUUAAGCAAAGAUGUGUUGCUGAUCCUAAUUCGUCAUCGCGUACUUUGGUAAAUUUGAGUGAAAUGUUAGUUACCCUUACAAAUGAUAUAGUUUGUAGGGUUGCAUUUGGGAGAAAAUAUAGUGAUGAGGAAAAUGGAAAGAAGGCUAAGAAUAUAUUGGGGGAGUUCAUACAGCUAUUGGGUGUUUUUGAUUUAGGGUUUUAUAUUCCUUGGCUUGCAUGGAUUAAUCGUUUCAAUGGUUUGGAUGCUAAAGUUGAGAAAAUUGUCAAAGCCAUUGAUACAUUUAUAGAAGGGGUAAUAGAAGAGCAUGAGAAAAAACCUACAAGCAAUGAUCAGAAAAAAGACUCAGAUUUUGUGGAUAUUUUACUUGAAACUCAAAGGGAAAAUCUGACUGGAUUUCAUAUUGAGAAGUUUUUACCGUAA